AAUCAUUCUGCUCCUGCUGUGAUAGCAUGGCGGUGCUUUGGCAAAGAUUACAGUUGCCAAAAGAUUAAUAAAAGAGCAGUCUACAAUAUGGAAGUUGAAAUGGAAGUUCUGGCCGCCAGUUAUUCCCUCAGGUUCUGAGUCACGAUGACGAGCGAUGCACAAACAUUUGCCUUCUUCGGACAGCACGUAUCAAGUGGUCGUGUAGUAAUAUAGUUAAUACUCAUCGUUUAGGGUCUUUUCAAAGGCAAUGUAGCGUUGCAGCUGUGUAUAUAAACAGACUCGCAUUUUGUCCCACUUGUCGUUAAAGCCAGCUAGUUUCUGCUCAUGUUUGUUGACACUGUAUGUGUAGUUGUCAGACCGCCGGAAGUUAAGCUAACGUUGGUUGCUGGAAAAGACAUUCCACAGAUUUCCAACGUAACUUACAACACUAACGGUUACUGUCGCUGGCCGUGAAAAAAGGCUUCGCGUUGGAUCCCCAAAAUCUUCAAGAAAAGAGUAUGCACCACCUUUGUAGAAGAUUCUUUCAGUAAUGGCGCCCUGUGCCAGUGUGGGGGUACAAGAGAUGCCCAUGCCUCUGUGGCUCUCGGUGACUAUUUCAGCACAGCGAUGGUCAACCACUGGGACAGUGCCCAGCACUCCUCUGAAUAUCCGACUGAUGCCUUUGGGGAGCUAGAGUUUGCAGGAGCCAGCAAGAGGCAUAGCUAUUUCCUGCGUCUGUCAUGGGACACACCUCCCUCUAUGGUCUACACCCUGAUAACAGCCCACUGGGGUCUUUCUGCGCCCAACCUGGUGGUUUCUGUAGUGGGUGGAGAAGGCAGGACAAAGGUGAAAACUUGGGUACGGGAGGUCAUCAGGCAGGGACUGGUGAAAGCCUCACAAAGCACAGGAGCGUGGAUCCUGACAACAGGCUUGCGUGAAGGCGUUGGCAGGUGUGUUGGAGAGGCGGUGAGGGACCAUGCCGCUGCAGCCUCGUCGGUCUCCCUCAACAAGGUGGUGGCGCUGGGCAUCGCUCCCUGGGGCCUGGUGCAUAAACACCAGCAGCUGGUCAACCCACAGGGCAGUUUUCCUGCUAAGUACUAUGUCCAGAACAUGUCUCGAGACUCCUGCUGCCUGGACAACAACUACCAAGCCUUCCUGCUGGUGGACGACGGGAGUGUGGGACGCAGAGGAGGAGAGACAGGGUUCAGGACCAAACUGGAGGACUACAUCUCCCACCAGCGCACAGGCAUAUGGGUGCAUGUGAUGAUAAGACAAUCCUCUGGUAUCUGCUGGACGAAAGCCAUUGCAGGCAGCGGCAGCAUUGACAUUCCUGUCCUUUGUAUGCUGGUAUCAGGGGAAGCAAGCAUGUUAGAGAGAGUGGAGCUUUCUCUGAAAACCUCCAUGCCCUGGCUGGUGCUGGCCGGCUCAGGAGGCUUGGCUGACUUCUUGAGCGAUGUCUUGGAGAAUCUGUCAUCAGCCUCGGUUGUCCAGUCUUCCAGUGAGGGAGAUGGCGAGGCAGGUCCCAGUGUAGAUCUGAAAGACAGAGUGGCAGAACGGGUUAAGAAGCACUUCCCUUCUGAAGCGGAGUCAGACAAACUAGUUGAGCGUGCUCUGAGCAUCUACCAGAACAGAGAAUUUAUUACAAUCUACCAUGGAGAGCAGGAGGGCCCAAAUGACUUUGAUACAGUCCUGCUCAAAGCGUUGGUGCGAGCUAGUAAGCAGCGUGUGUCAGCUGAUGCCAGCCCUUACAAUGAAGAGCUGAGGCUAGCAGUCACAUGGAACAGGGUUGACAUUGCCAAGACUGAACUCUUCAAUGGAGACAUCCACUGGAGGUAUGAAGACUUGGAAGACUCCAUGACAGAUGCCCUGAUCAAUGACAAGCCUAAGUUUGUGCGUCUUUUCACUGAGAAUGGCCUCAACAUCCUGGACUAUCUAACUUAUGGCAGGCUGGAAAGCCUCUUUCGCUCGGUGGCUGAUGGGACGGUGCUUUACCAGCUACUUCAGCGUUGUCUAGUGGAGCGGCUAGGAACUGCAGCCUCUGUGCCCAAACCAUCAAACCUGCAGGACUUGCCUUCCAAAGUGCCAGCAGAGAACAUACAGAGUGGCCCAAUGACAGAGAUCAGCCUUUUUGAGGUUGCAGGGGUCCUGGAACUGUUAAUGGGUGACGUCUGCCAGCCAUUUUUCUAUGAUGUUUUGGACUUAGAACAGAUCUCAUCCAAGAGGAGAGCUCUUAGGCGUGCCAGUAAGCUGCUGCGCGGAGACUGCUUGUAUCGGGAGAAGCGUUGCCUCUUCCCCUGGGCUUCGCUCUUCAUCUGGGCCGUUCUCCAGAACCGCAGCGAGAUGGCCACUUUCUUCUGGGAGAUGGCAGGGGAGUCGGUGCUGAGUGCUCUGAGUGGCUGUAAGAUACUGAGGGAACUUUCCAAGCUGGAGGUUGAGACUGAGACCAAACUGUCUAUGAAAGAGCUGGCUCAGAGGUUUGAGAACCUGGCACAUGACAUCUUCAGCUCUUGCUAUCGGAGCAAUGAGAGCCGCUCUUUCACCCUGCUGAUUAGGAAAUCUCCAGUUUGGGGUGGUACCACCUGCCUCCAGAUGGGCAUGGGCGCCGACGCACGACUUUUCUUCAGCCAUGAUGGAGUACAGUCUCUGUUGUCCCAGAUCUGGUGGGGUGACAUGAAGAGGAACACAGAGGUGUGGAAGCUCCUGCUCACCUUCUUCUGCCCCGUCCUCUGCUACACCAACCUCAUCUCCUUCAGGAAACAGGAGGACAAUCAGCAAGAGGAGGAGGAGAAGCCUAAUGAGGACGGGCUGGGCAGGGACAGCGACAGCCUCUAUGGCACCACCGUCUUCUCUUUCUCGGACAUCAAGCACAUUGAAGCUGAUGCACAAGGAUCAAACAGUCCCUGGACAGCAAACAUCAAAGGCAUACCCCACUCUCGCAGACCACCAAAGCGUCCGUUCAUAGUGUCAAGAUGGCGUCAGUUCUGGUUUGCACCUGUCACCUCAUUUUUGGGCAACGUCCUGAUGUACUUCCUCUUCCUCCUGCUGUUUGCCUAUGUGCUGUUGGUGGACUUCAAGCCCCCGCCGCCCUCUGGUCCAGCCACUUCUGAGUGUGUGCUGUACUUCUGGGUAUUCACCAUUGUGUGCGAGGAGUUCCGGGAGGCGUUCUUUUUGGAGACGAUGACUUGGCGUCAGAGGAUCAGAGUGUAUAUUCAGGAUGUGUGGAACAAGUGUGACCUCAUUGCCAUCACACUGUUCCUCAUAGGAGUAAUCUGCAGGAUGUUCGAGUGGUCAUAUGGGUUUGGCCGGGAUAUCCUGUGUGGGGACUACAUGGUCUUCACCCUCCGUCUCAUUCACAUCUUUGCCAUUCAUAGACAGCUGGGACCAAAAAUCAUCAUUGUUGGCAAGAUGAUGAAGGAUAUCUUCUUCUUCCUUUUCUUCCUGAUGGUGUGGCUCAUGGCAUAUGGAGUAGCCAAUCAGGCUUUGCUUUACUCAUACGACCCUCGCCUUGAUCGCAUCUUUCGCCGUGUUUUCUACAGGCCGUACUUGCACAUCUUUGGACAGAUCCCUGUGGAGGAGAUGGAUGUGGGGAAGGAGUGGGACAUGGCCUGCACAGACAAUGUGACAUUGAUUCAGGGUGGAGCGGAGCCGUGCAGAACUCUGAAUAGUAACUGGCUGGUGGUAAUUCUGCUGGUUGUUUAUCUGCUGGUCACCAACAUCCUGCUCAUCAACCUGCUCAUCGCCAUGUUUAGCCACACCUUCUCUGAAGUGCAGGCUAACAGUGACAUCUACUGGAAGUUCCAGCGCUACAACCUGAUUGUUCAGUAUCACUUCCGUCCUUCCCUGGCUCCUCCUUUUAUCAUCCUCUCGCACAUCAAUCUCUUUAUCAAGAGGAACAUCCGCAAGGUGCCCUCUAUCAAGAUCCGCCACUUUGUAUUGCAGUUAAGAGGGAAGGUAGCUAACAGACUAAUGACGUGGGAAACCAUUCAGAAGGAGGACUUCCUGACUGCCCAGAACAAGAUCCAGAAAAGUAGUGAUUCAGAGAGGCUCAAACGGAUGUCUGUCAAAAUGGAUGGUGUGGUUAAACAUCUGACUGAAAGCAGAGACUUUGACCACAGGCUGAGGGCUCUGGAGAAUGAGAUGGAGUAUUGCUCAAAUGCUCUCAGCUGGAUUGUGGAGACUUUGGCACAAGGCAGCACCUUCAAACCUCCUCGGCCUCCACCUACAUUAAGAGAUUCGUUUGCCUCUUCUUCCAAUUCUGCCUGAUUCAGCCUUGGUGAUGCCUUCACUCACUCAGGGGCUGUGAAAGACAAGAAUGAAGUGCUUUUACUUUAGCUGCUCCCAUGCCACCCACCCACCAGACUUGCCAGCCAUGUUCAUCAUUGGACUCCAAAUAGUUUCAUUUGUUCUGAACUGAAAAAAGUGAAUGAAUAGAAACCAUAACUACUUGUUACAGUAUUGAGUAAAUGCAAAAGCUGAUAUUUUAAGUGUGUAAUAGAUCUUAUUCAAGUGUAGUCAAGUGUAUGUAUUUAUGAUGUGGCAUGAUAAUAAUAAUAAAUAAUAAUAAAACUUUA